AUGGCUACUACUACUUCUUGUUGGAUUCUGUUCUACUUGGUUGUAGCCAGUUUUGGCGAGUACUGCAUGGCUAGCCAGAUUGGUUUGGGUUCAAGACUGCUGGCUCGUGAGGACCGAGCAUGGAUGUCGGAUAAUGGCACGUUUGCUUUUGGGUUCACUCCAGAGGAUGGACGUGAUGAUCAGUUUCAAAUUGCUGUUUGGUUUGCAGAGCUUCCCGGAGAUCGAAUAACAGUUUGGACAGCCAGAGACUCUCGGCCGGUCACCAACAACGCAAUCUUGGAGCUCGACACCACUGGAAACCUUGUCCUCAUCGACGGCGACACCACCGUCUGGAUGUCCAACACCUCCGGCGCCAGCGUCCAAUACGCGGUCAUGUCAGAGACCGGCAACUUCAUCCUCUACGACAUAGAAAAGUACACUGCGUGGCAGAGCUUUUCACACCCAUCUGACACUCUCCUCCCAAACCAACCCCUAACAGUCUCACUAGAGCUGACGACAUCUAAGUCAGCUUCACACGGUGGCUAUUACUCCCUCAAAAUGCUUCAACAACCCACUUCACUGAGCCUUGCAUUGACCUACAAUUUGCCUGAAAGUUAUGUAAACUUGCCGGAAUCUUACGCCAACUAUUCCUACUGGCAAGGACCCGACAUCUCAAAUGUGACCGGAGACGUUGUUGCAGUCUUAGAUGAAGCAGGCAGCUUUGGAAUUGUUUAUGGGGAAUCAUUGGAUGGUGCUGUCUAUGUGUACAAGAAUGAUGGUGAUGAAAAGGGAUUGUCAGCAGCAUCGAACCGAUCAACCAGGUUGGCCGUUCUUCGAAGAUUGACACUUGAGACGAAUGGGAACAUACGUUUGUAUAGAUGGGAUGAUGAUAUAAAUGGCUCACGCCAAUGGGUGCCAGAAUGGGCUGCAGUUUCCAACCCUUGUGACAUUGCAGGAAUUUGCGGUAGAAGGCGGUAG